AUGCCUGCCAUGGACGCCCAAUCGCCCACGGAAUUCCGCGAGGACGAGGACUGGACCAAGCUCACCGAUCGAAGCUCUCGCCGCCGCAUCCAGAACCGACUGUCGCAGCGGAAACGACGGCGGAAUGCAAAACUGGCCAGCGAAGCCCUCCGCCAGCAGCAGGAACAGCAGCAGCAGCAACAACAGGAGCAGCCGCAGCAACAGCCAGAGGAAGAACCCCAGCCAGCACAGGGAUCUCCUCAGGAGAUGGCCAUGAACCAGCCAUUGCCGCACCUCCAAGCAGAAUUGCCUCAAGGGCAACAUCCCCCCGACACUCCGCUGGGCUCCGCGCCGCCAACCGUGUCCGACGCGUCCAGCCAGUAUAUCCCGGCCAGCUGUCCCGAGCAGGCCAUGUCGAGUACGGCCGAAUACUGCCUGGGGUCGUCGUAUCCCGGCAUGCACGAUCUGCCCGACGUGGGCGAGCUGUCCGACACGGCCGACUCGAUAUUCACCGGCGUGCCCGACAUGCCGUUCCGCUCAUCGUCUGCCCCGGAAUGGGAUGUCCUCGCAGACGGAUGUCGACCGGGCUUUCCCUCGAAGGACAUGGCCAUCAUGUCGUUGGAAGACGUGCCUCCGUCGCCCGCCUACGGAACGAGCCCGCACAUGUCGUCGACGGCCUGGCGCCAUGUCGUCAAGUCGCGACCGUACGACCCGUCCAUGAUGCCGCUCGGGGUCCAGAGUCGGCUGCCGAACCGUCGAAGCUUUCAGGGCGCCCCUGAGAGUGCCACGCUCACCAGCUAUCCCAUGCAGGCCAUGCGCGACAGCUCGACCGAUAGCACCAUGAGCUGGGACGCCUCCAUCGCCGCCGCCAGCAUCCACAGCGCCGACUCGGGCGACGACCAACGGUCGCUGGCCUCGGGCAAGGUCUUUGACCUGUCUCCGGAUCCGGCCCGGAGCCCGCCACGAUCGGCGUCCAUCCCAUCAUCAUCCAACAGCUCCCUGGGGAGCCAGAAGAAGGCUGCGGCGCCGAUGCGGAGGGAGCAGACCUCUAGCAUACAGCGGAAGCGGACGCACCGGGCGUCGUCGUUGGGGGCAUCGUCGAGUGAGGGGAGUGAGGUCAAACCGACGGGGACCACCAACGGGCACACAUCGCUGCACCUGGCGGUGCUAUCGGGGCAUCUAGCGAUCGUGAGACUGCUGCUCGAAUCCGGGCUGGACGCGGAUUCGAAGAACGAGGAAGAGCAGACGGCGAUGCACCUGGCGACGCUCGAGGGCAACCGGGCGAUGGUGCACCUGCUGCUGGAGCAAGGCGCGAGCCCGAACAUCGGCGACAAGCAGGGCCAGACGCCGCUGCAUCUGGCGGCGAGCAAUGGGCAGGUCCGCCUCGUGGAGCUGCUGCUCGAGUACGGCUCCGAGGCGGAUGCGCGCGACAAUGCCGGCUACACGUGUCUGCACAAGGCUGUCAUGGGCGGCCACGAGGAGGUUGUGCGGCUGAUGUUGACCCGGGGGGUUGACGCGAAAGCGAGAGUGAUGUUAUAG